AAUUUAGUGUUGAAUUUUGAUGAGCGCCACCAGUCGUGGAACUCUCUGCAGCACACACACACACGGUGUGCAGCAAACGAUUUGCGGAAGUGAGGUACCCCAUUCUGCAGCAGGUGACUGAGCAGCACAAUGAGACGUCAGUAGUCCCCCUCCGUAGCAUGGCCACGUCACGUUCCUCACGCGUCACAAGGUCAUCAGUCGGACUCAAUGGAUUGGACGAGAACUUCUGUGGCCGAACCCUCAGGAACCGCAGUAUCGCCCAGCCGGAGGAGGGUCAGGGGUCACCGCUCCCCAGCAGCAGGGCCCCCCGCUCCCCCAAGAAGAGGCAGGACCCCCAGGCUGGGAGCUCAGAGAAGCCUGGGGGUCACCAGGGAAAGGUAGCCCACCACAAGGCCUCCUCAGUGGACAGGGAGACAUGGCCGAGCCCCAGGAAGAGGGGACUGUCCUGCUCAGAGAGAGAGAGUGAUGGGUGUGGGGAUUUGGACAAGGCUGAGAACUGUGAGGGGAUGGGGAAGGAGACGUCGGGGGCUGGUGGGAGAGACGCUUCUCUGCUCCUCAAAAGGGCCAAACGGUGUUCCCGUUUCGGGGAGUCGCAGGGAUCCGAGGACGACCCCUCUUCUGCACCCGCCAAACCUGACAUCCCCCCAUCCUCCUGCACCCCCCCAGCGACUGUCAAGGAGAACAGUGAAGAGGGUGACCCGCUCAACCUAAUCUGCACCGCACCCUCUUCCUCUUCUCCACAGAACCUCAACAAAGAGGAAGGUGAGGAGGAGGAGGAGGAGGASAGRGGCGGCCAUAUUGAGAGCGACGGCCAUGCUCAGCAGCCCCCGAACUCCACUUCCCAUAAUCCCSCUGUUCCGCCCCAGAACUCUAACUCCCAUAAAUCCUCUCCUGGGCUGGGACAGACCAGCAGUAGCCUUGAUGCUCAGACAAUCUCCCUGGRUUCCAGCGCUGCCGUCAACACCAGCUGCCCAGGUCCCAGUCCAGCGCUGCUGAACGGCAGCCAGAUGGGCGCGCCAUGCCCCUCGCCCCCAGACCCCAUAGUGCCUUGUAGAAACUGUGAUCCUGUGCAGGAGGAGGAGGAGGAGGUUAGGGACUCUGGUGAGUAUUCUGCUCCUCCUCUGGCCUCCUUUGAAGAGGACUCCUCCACCCCACARCUGUCAGUCAGGGAGGAGGAAGUGGAGUUGGAUGUAGUGGGGGACUCGGUGUGUCGGGAGGAGGAAGUGACAGCGACCGAGGAGGAGGAGGAGGAUGAGGAGGAGGAGGAAGAGAGUACCAGCGGGAGAAGUAAUGGUUGGCCACUGGUGCAGGAUGCUGUUGCCACCAGUAUCAUCAACGUAAACAACAACAACAUCCCAAACAACAACAUCAACAACUCAGGAGAAUCCACCAUGCCUUUGCUAACCCCCCAGACCCUUUCAGAGCCCCCCUGCACCCCUUCUGUCUCCGACACUUCGCCCCCGUCCUUCACCCAACCCCAUGAACACCAAUACACCCUGAGGACUUCGCCCCGGAGAGCUGGGGCCCCCUCGCCCCCCAAACCCUGUUCCCCUCCCAGAGACCCUCUCCGGGACAACGGCCCUCUGAGAGAGGGGGUGGAGGGAGCCUGUCGGAGGCUGGAUCUGGACGCUACUCUGGCUACUUCUACCCCUUCCUCAGGUCCCUCCAGCACCCAGGCCAGGGGAGGGUCUCUCCCYUCUCUUCCGUCGGUUCCCAUGGAGCAGGGAGCCGGUGGGGACGACAGGGACAAGGUAGUAGGGGACGGUCGGGACUACGGGGAGCUCCGAGAAGGCGCCCGGGCAGCCAGUAAGGAGGUUCCGGUAGGAGGAAGCCAGCAGCAGGAGGAGGAGAAGCAGGUGGAGGACGAAGAGGAACCAGAUGUGUAUUACUUUGAGUCGGACCACCUGGUGCUCAAACACAACAAAGAUUACCAGAGGUUACUCCAGACUGUAGGUGUGUUGGAGGCCCAGAGAACUCAGAGUAUACUGGACCUGGAGCGUCUGGCCAGACAGCAGAGAGAAGCUCUCCGAGACCCCGUCAGCUUUGUGGAGCAGCUGCAGAAACAGGUGGAACUGGGCAUGCCACGGCCCCAGAGAGUGGUUCAGCUGCCAGACAUCUCAUGGGACCAGUACACGUCAGGGCUGGGAGACUUCCAGAGGGAGUUCUGUGACAAGAAACGCAAAACCAGGAGGCUCAAACUCAUAUUCGAUAAGGUCAGGUUACCAGACCGACCAAUCA